AUGGAAUUCAGUAAUGCCGUCGAUCGUUUGCACAUUGCCCUGAAACAGAUCUUUGAACGAAAGGCGAAAAAGAACCCUCAGAAAAAGUCAUGGAGCACCGCAUCGCUGAUUCCUUGGUCUUGGGUGGCUGUAUCACUCGCAAAGCUUCAUACCGAGUACGCUACAGGCUUGACCGAUACGAUCGCUCUUGGACAGCUUGAAUUGCAAUGGGAAAAUGCGUUCUUCAAAUACACCAAGGGCCUGAGCACAAACUACAGCACCAUUCAAGCAGUAUACGACUAUCGACAACCUGUUGCCUUGGAAGUGGUCGUCAAGGAAUGGAAGCUUAUCCCUGGAUCUGAGAUCUAUCUCGUUACUGUGGCUGACAACAUAUCGUACAUGGUGCUGGACAUGUAUAUGCAUCCCAAGUUUAAUCAAUGGCUAUCGCAGGCGAGGCCUUCAUUACAAAACAAGGAUCCACUUCUCAGGAACCGCACGCUACGGAUGUAUUGUGAACCAAAGAUCAACGCACCACAGCAAUCACAUUACAACAACAAGGAUGUGGAUCGACUAUUGCGAGUUGCACGUGUACCACCAACACAGCUAUUGAUGUUUGUCCUGGAGCCUCGAGAUGCAUCCUUUAUCCGCCAAGAAUUCACUGAAGAUCUUCGCAAUGUGAUACAACAUGCACAUCAACCAGAACCAAAAGCUCACAAGCUCUGGCUUAAGAUCAUUCAUAUUGAAAGACAAGAGCAUGUUGCACCAAACGCUGGUGAUGGCGAGGAAAGCAAGCUACGGCGAACCGAUAUCUUUGUAGUCGAUAUGACCAACGACAAUGAUCCUGCCGUGUUAUCACUUUAUGAUACCCAAACACAGCUAGCUGGCAUGCUAGGCCGAGGUGAUUACAUUGGCUUGUUCAACCCUGGAUUCCCUUACGCACGGACCGAGAGCCAACAAUCCCGAUCCGACAUUGUAUUCGAGUACACUGAAGACACUGUUUUAUUUUACAUGUCUGACAAGGAUGCAUUGCAAGCGGGUGUACACAAGGUGGAGCAUGAUGGCUCAAUCAGCAACAGCUUCAACGAUAGUGCAAAUGAUUUAUGGAAACAGCUUGGCUCCAGCAGCAAAAUUGGCAUCAUGGAACGGGAUGAGGAAGGAUUCAUGGAUUGUGCCACCUAUCAUGAUCGUAUCUAUAUCCAAGACUUGCAACCGUGCAUGCUCAACAUUACAAUACUGGGUCGUGUCAUUGCUAAUCCGUUCUACAAGGAUCCCGAGAAAAAGACACGAAUGGAUCGUUAUGCUAUGCGGAUCAAGGAUUCCACGGGGAAAACGGAUGUGACAUUAUGGGAGCAAACGGGUCGAAGUGCAAGAAAGCUGCAGCCUGGUCAUUAUGUAUUGCUGACAGGUCUCAGCACAUCCAACUUGCAUAAGGGUCCCAAAGGUCCGAUUUGGUUCAUCAAUGGGAGCGUCAUGUGCGGCACUCAAGUCUACAAUAUUUCCAAGAUCAAGGCGCUGUUAUCAAGUAGUUGUUUGAGAAGCGUGAUGCCAUUGGAUGCAUUGGGUGCUGAAGGACAAUGGCAGGUGGAUAUACUCGUGACAGGAUGGACUUUGCGUACCCAAAAGCACGUGUUGCUAUCAAAUGAAAACGAUGAAUGGCGUAGGCGCGAUACACCAGCAGACGUAGUCAUCUAUGACGCUCAUUCAGCGUGCCGACAACCGAUUCAAAUACGAAAUGGCGACAGCGGCUCGGGGAAGAAGCAGCAGCGCGUGUGCGAGUUUUGCAAAUGUCCAGUGCCAGAGAGUCGAAUUAUACAAGCAUUUCGUAGCAAGCCAUCCGUGGCCACCACCACCCAAGACGAUAUUGGAUGGAUUGAAUGGCAACUUGACGAUGGUGGUGAUCGUACGAUUAUGAGCUAUGGUUGCGACGAGGACUUUUUGGGUGUCUCAGCUGAGAAGUUUAAUCGCAUGUCACACGAGGAACAGAUUGCGCUGUUGGACAGUGUCCUUGGAAGACCUAUGCUGUGCUCCAUUUCAACAACGGGACACAACAAUUACCGCAUUGAUCAAGUCGCUCCAAGAAACCCAACAUCACACGAAUGUAUUGAAGCAAUGGCUGCCAUUACUACUACUACCACCACUACGAGGAGCAUAAAUGAUAUUGCCUUAUAA